UAGUUAAUGGAUGGAUGAUUUAUUAGUUUAUUUAACAAUGUCUGUAAGAGCCUUUCUCCCUCAUGGGGGCAUGUCUGAGCCCAAAUGCCUAGUUACCUCUGACCCAGUUUUGAAACUAACUUGAAGGCUUUUAGAGUAAAGUGUGCAUCUUGUUUCUGUCUUGAGAGGGUGGUCCUUUCUGUCCGCAUGGUCUCACCUCCUUGUACAAACGUCACAGCAGAAGAAGAGACGUCCCCCUCACGCCACCAACUAUAGUACUAUUAUAGUUCAAGCAAAGGCUAAUUGUUGUUCACUUACAAAGGGUGCACAGUCCAAGUCUUUGGAUGGUAUUUCUGUCUCUUUCUACUGUAAGCGAUAUUACAGGGCAUGGGGAAGAUGGCACUUCUGGUUGUUUGUGCGGUCCUGUGCCUGUCCUGCUGGGCAUCAUUCUACUUCAUCUUGUGCAAUCUCAAUGGGUCUAGGAGCUAUGAAUGGAACUGUCGCCUUGUCACCCUGGUGCACGGCAUCCUGGCAGUCUGCGUAACAACAUACAUAGGCUAUGUGGAUGGUCCCUGGCCCUUCACUUACCCAGGCACUAAGAACACCCCUCUGCAGAUAAGUGCCCUGGUGCUGAGCUUGGGCUACUUCUUUUUUGAUAUGGCCUGGUGCGUGUACUUCCGCACAGAGGGGCCCGUUAUGCUGGCCCACCACACCAUGAGCAUCCUGGGAAUCCUGUUGACCCUGUGGUUGGGGGAGUCUGGCAUCGAGGCCUGCGCGGUACUCUUUGGCAGUGAAAUCACCAACCCCCUCCUGCAGGCACGCUGGUUCCUUAAGCAGACUGGACAUUACAGAACUUGGCUGGGGGACACUGUGGACGUCCUGUUUGUGCUGCUGUUUGUGUUGAUGCGAAUCUUCGUGGGAGGCACAAUGCUGUACUGUGAGCUGAUAUCUCCAAGGCCCAGAUUCUUUAUCAAAUGCGGAGGAGUGGCAAUGUAUGCCCUAUCCUGGAUCUUUAUGGUGGACAUUGUUCGAUUUGCCAAACGGAAGAGUAAGAACCGGCAUAAACAGCAGAGAGACCCCCAAGAGACUGUGAUGGCUAAUGGUCAUGAGGGAAAAAUUGACUGAUUGGGUUUUGAUUUUCUAAAGGAAAUAACUAUACUGUAUUUUAGAACACAUCUGUGUUCGUCACUUUGGAUGCUCAGUGGAAAGUACAAGGAAAAUCAACUUCCAAUCUGUUAACUUAAGAUACAUUUUUAAUAUUCCAUGUCUGUUAAGUCUAAUACUUGCAUUUUGGAAGAACUUCACUUCGUUUGCAGUCGUUGCACCGGAACGUUAGAUUAUUACUUAACAGGUGCAGCUAACAAACAACACAGAUGUCAUUUACAUCACUGAAAACCAAAGCACUUUUUAAAAACACAUGUUGCUCUCAGCUGCAGUGAACUGUGGCCUAGUCAUAUGUGGUGGUGCUGCUCCAGAGGGACGUUAUUAGGAAAGAAACAGUUUACAAGUUAAGCCUGGAGUGCCUGUGAAACACUUUUUUAGUUUAAGCAAAAAGGUCAGAAUGGUUUUCUUGUCUUGUAUUUUUUUUUUUUUUAUGUGAAGAUUUGAGCAGAUUUUACAGGUUUACUCAGGGAAUUGCAGUAAUGUUAGAAAGUUAGAGUUGAUAUAAGCUUUUGACUGUCUGAAAACUUUUCCCAGAGGUUUCUGGAAAAAAAAAAACUUCCUUUAAGUAUAUACAUGCAGAGAUACAAGUGUCAGUGACUUUGCAGUCACUUUGGAUACUUAUGUAAACUAUAAUGCUUAUGGAAAUGGUACCAGAAUUUUUGAAUGUGUGACAGUUUCGCAAGAUGGAGCAUUCAGACUAAAGAUCUGUACUUUCUACUGAUAGCUCUCAUUUAAUUGAGUUUAACGGGAUGAUUGUUGAAUGUUUCAAUGACAUGUAUGUAUUUUCAUGAAUUGACAAUUAAAACUUAU